AAAAGCUCAUUCUAUUCUAUCCACUGAGAGUGAACAAGGAAGAGCACAAACUACUAUCUUCUCCCAUGGCUUCUGCAACAACUAUGGCGGUCUCCUUCCGACUUCCACAUUCACCAUUUUCUCCCACCCCGUCUCGACUCACUUCCACCUCUGUUCGACUCGCCCCUUUCAACAAAGCCAACUCCUUAAAGCUCAGCUCCUCGCAAACCAUUUCUGGCUUCAAUUCGGUUCUUCCCCACAAACUCUCCGCAGUCACUCCUAGCCCUAAUUCCCCGCGCUCUCUCACAAUUGUCGCUGCCAAAGGCUACAAAAUGAAAACCCACAAGGCUUCGGCUAAGCGGUUCAGGGUGACUGGUAGAGGGAAAAUAGUUCGGAGGGGAGCUGGAAAACAACAUUUACUUUACAAGAAGAACAAUAAGAGGAAAUUAAGACUCUCCAAAAUGCAUCCAGUCUGCAAAAGUGACUAUGACAAUGUGAUUAAAGCCUUGCCAUAUCUGAAAGUAAACAGAAAUGCCAAGUAGAGGUUUUGCUUAAGAUGGAAAUCAGAAGCUUAUUAGAUUUGUAAACUUGCCAUUUUUUUUUCCUUUUUUGAAAUGCCAUGACAAGUAGAGGUUUUUGUAGAUACUUUCUUGAUUGUUUCAUUUUCCCAAUCAAUGAUACUUUGAUUUCACCCCACAUGGGAUUUCCUUUUAA